AUGGCCGCUUCAGGUGCAGGCGGGGAGCAGAUCUAUGCUACGCUUCUUCUGAGCGAUUCCUACCUUCCUGGUGCCCUGGUUCUCGCACACUCCCUCCGCGAUGCUGGAACUCAUCGCAAGCUGGCCGUUUUGGUCACGCUCGACUCUGUGUCUGCUGAUUCCAUUACCCAGCUAAAGGCGGUUUACGACUACAUCUUUCCCGUCCCGCGCAUUCGCAAUGACAACCCAGCCAACUUGUACCUUAUGAAUCGCGGCGAUCUGCAUUCAGCCUUUACCAAGAUCAAUCUUUGGAAGCUCACGCAGUUCUCAAAGAUCGUCUACAUCGACGCCGACAUUGUCGCAUACAGAGCUCCCGAUGAACUCUUCGAUAUCACCCACCCAUUUUCUGCCGCCCCCGACAUUGGAUGGCCAGAUCUCUUCAACACGGGUGUCAUGGUUUUGACACCCAACAUGGGUGAUUUCUAUGCCAUGAUUGCAAUGGCUGAGAGGGGUAUCUCGUUUGAUGGUGCCGACCAAGGUCUCAUCAACAUGCAUUUCGGUAACCAGUACAACCGCAUCAGCUUCACUUACAACGUCACUCCAUCUGCCCACUACCAAUACGUCCCAGCGUAUCGGCACUUCCAGUCCAGCAUAAAUAUGGUGCAUUUUAUUGGCGCCAAAAAGCCAUGGUUUACUGGUCGAGACGCUCCUCGCGGGGCCGAUCCCUUCAAUGACAUGGUAGGACGAUGGUGGGCAGUCUAUGACAGGCACUAUAGGCACCAAUAUGUGCAGUACUUUACCAAGGGCGAAUGGCACCCUGAGCCGACACACGGGCAGCCAGCUGCUGGUGAGCACCAUUCCCAUGACCAACAGGGUUCUCCUUCUGCUCCUGGUCCCCAGGGCGAACAAGCUCAGCAUCAGCACUACUCGGAGCACCACGGUACCGAGCAUCACCACCAUGAAGGGGCGCCGCAUGUGCACCAACAUACAGAGCCAAAGAAUGAGCCUCCCCCUAUUACGAUGCACAGUUGGGAUGCUCAAAGACAACCACCUCCCUCCGACUCGAAGCCUGAAGCGAUGAACUUCCCAUCAACGCAUUACGAGAUGUCCCAGGACACAACCCCGUUCGUCCCACCCGAACGAUACCCGAGUCCACCAAAGAAUAUGUGGUACGAGGUCCCCAAGGAGCCUCCGGCCCCGCCCACCAAGGAACCUUCUGAGAUUUUCCCCUGGGAGCGCAACCGACCACCCCCGACAAGAAGUUUUGCAGAGCCCCCUGCACCAGCGCCUAGCACACGGGAGGGCCUUCACACCAACCUGGAGGCGAACAUUCAUGGCAACCCUCCGGACAACCUUCAGGGCCACCCUUGGGCCAGCAUUCGGUGCAACAUACGGUACAACAGCCAAGACACCAGCCAGGACAACAAAUCUUCCACAGGACCAUCUGCAACAACGGAGGUCCUUACUGAAUCCGCUGGCGUAGCUUCGUCCACAACCGAAGCAAAGAGUGAGCCAUCCACGCCAGUCACGCCAACCGUUCAGAUCAUUCCAUCCGAUCCCUGGACGUCAUUCACGCGUGUCAAUGCCUGGGAUGAGGUCCCAGAGAUUGAACGUUAUGUUGACGGUCUGCGCGGCCACCGACGUGGCAAGAGUUCGGGCUCUCUUGGGCGUAUCAAGAGCCCAUCGACUGCCCCAUGGAGAGAUGACCGGGGUGGUGUGAGGCUUCGUGGUAUGAAGCUCACUGAUUUCCCCAGCGCAGCGGAGCGUCCGAGUCUGCCAGUGACACCAGCGCCGAUCCACCGGCAGUCGUUCUGGUCAGGAGAUGAUGGGGAGCAUGGGGGCUACGGAGGAGCAAGGCAGCUUCCGGAAGCUGAGGGGGUGCCGUCGCAGUCUGACUGGGAUCCAUUGGCACAGCUUCAGAAACUGGCCAAGCAGCACGAUGUGUUGCUGAAGAAGCUCGGUGGUGGGGAUGAAGGCGAGGAGCGAGAGAGCGGUGAGGGAGGUGUGAGUCGCGAGAUCCCAUCACGCCCAUUGCCCUUUGGUUCCGAGGAUAUAAGGUCACCUACUUAUGUUGCGCAGUCGGCCACAGGAGUGCUCAGCCCCCAGCCGGUAAAAGGCGAGAGGUCGGCGAGCAUCCUGCGGGAGAUGAGUAGUAGCAGCGGCCUUGAAGCCACGACUUCGAACCCGUUAUCGAUUCCCGAGCCGAGCUAUUCAGGACCCGGGGCAGCAUGGGAGAGGGGAGAGGACUUCUUGGAGCGCGAGACCCCAUUGCCACCGAGGGAUGAGGACUUGGAUGUGCUCGAGACAUAGGAGGAGGUGAUUUUGGGGUCGACUAACACUCUUGGACUGGAAGACAUGGACGCCUCUGGAGAUGAGAUGGAAUGAUUAAUGCGCACCGUUUCAAUGGACAAACAUGGGAGCAGGUAUAGGUACAGGUAUGGCGGAAUUCUUGGGUAACCGUACCGCGGAUACGGGUGUUUUCUUUGUCAAUUGCCCUCUUGGCUUACCUUGGUCACCUUUCUUUUUCUUUCUUCUGCUUUGUUUCGAUGCUCAUGGUCAACGGGGGAGGAAUAGCAAGGAGGAGGAGGAGGGUAUAUUUUGUCUCGGAAUGUCGACACUAUGGAAACGUCUCUUUAGGAGUCAUCAAGAGCAGGAAGCAUAUUUCUCUUUGAGCCAUUGCCGUUUUGAUUCACUCGACUUGCCUGUUUUCCUCCUUCAUUGCAUCCUGCAUCUCUCUGCUGUGUGUUUUUUGUUUUUCACUUUGGUAUGUAUGUUUCGAUGCAUUGUUUGUCUUUGCCCCCUGACUUUCCACAUUUGCAUCAUCUCCUCUUUUUUUUUUUUUUACUCAUCAAUCAGCAUCCCGUCAACUGCGACGACCAAUGGCAUCAUCAUCAUCGUCAUAGGAGUUUCUGGGUCAUGUCGAGAUUUGAUGUAUAGUACGGAUUACUUUCGCAUGUCCAGCGUUGGAAGAUGUACAAUAUUCGAUUCGGCAGUCACAAAACUUGUAUUCUUGAGUAUUGCAUUAAGUUAUA